AUGACUCCCCGAGAUCACAUGAGAAAGAUGUCUAUACUUGGGGAACAAGGGACGUUGGACGAAAAGCACUUAUACCGAUUAGCAAGUGGCAUGGCAGCAGGAGAACUGCGACAGCGACAAGAAAUGCUAAUGAGAAACCAGAUGAUGGCAGUAAACCCUCAGCUAAUGGGAGCAGGCCAGCAGAGAAUGCAGGCAAUUCCUUCACAGUUUGAACCUCGCUUUGUAGACAGAGAUUUGUUGCCUUCUACUGAAAUGAUGGCACCAGCUGACCCAAGACAGAUCCAUGUAGCUUCCCACCUUGGACCUUCGGUCCCACAGCAUGCAAACAUGCCAAACAUACUGCCCAAUCGGGUUUACCCUGGUCCAGGAUAUAGUUUUCUCCAGCCAGAAUCCAUUGAAGCUGUGGCCAGAAGGCAAGAGUUGGUUCAAAAACAAAAUAUUGCCAGGAUGGAAAUGGAAAUGAGUGCUAUUUUUCAACAAAAAGAAAUUGAGAAAGCUCAUCGUAAAGGGCUACUAAGUUUGGAAGCACCUUUCCUUUAUCAUGGAAUCCCAGCUAGCCCAGUUGCUUUCCGUGGCAGGAACAGACUUCCCGAAGGUCACCUUCCUAGCGACGUAUAUGUUCAUCGAACCACCCUUGAUGACCUUCAUGGCAACACCAUGCUCAUGGCAACCAGCCCGUAUCCUCCUAUCAGCAGUCUGCAAAGGGAGAGAGGCCGCCGGCCAGGGAGAAGAGCUGGGAAUCACAAAACUAGUGAUUGCAAUGCCAAUGGCGCCAAAAGCCAAGCUGAAGACAAAAAUGCAGACUCUGCUUCCACCACUGCCGAUGAUGAGAAAGAGGACAAGAAAGAAACAGAGCUUGAGAUGCUAAACAAACAUGAGCAAAGCAAAACCCAUGUUGAGCCAUCUGCUACAGGUGUGAAAAGCUGUAAAGAGUAUGAACACAGCCUGAGAAAAAGUUGUGCUACUCAUGAAAUUCCCACUGAAACAAAUGGCUGCAGCAGUGCAAAUGAGAAGGAUCCCAGUAAUUCUUGCACAGCCUUUGAUGACAAGUACAUGUAUCCUCCUGCAAUCCCAUUCUCAGCACUGCCAUAUAGCUUCCCAGUAUCCAGCAAUCCAUUACUGCCUCCAGGAGCGCAUGGCCUGAUUCUGAGUGGAGAAGAUAUUUCUUCCAUUGAAGAUAUUCGCAAAUGGACUGUUGAUGAUGUAUACAAUUUUAUUAUUAGCCUUCCAGGUUGUUCAGACUACGCACAGAUAUUUAAAGAUCAUGCUAUUGAUGGAGAAACCCUGCCACUACUCACAGAAGAACAUCUGUUGGACACAAUGGGAUUAAAACUUGGACCAGCACUAAAAAUUCGAUCUCAGGUGAGUCGGCGGCUGGGCAAUGUGUUCUACAUGAUGAAUCUUCCUCUGCCCAUGCCCCUUCCUUCUGCUACAAGCAAACCAUCAGAUCAGCCCGCCAACAUGGCCUCCCCUGUGCACUGCAAUAGCAGUGGUGAUACACUGGGCAGUCCCUGCUCCCAGGACCCAGAAACUUCAAAAAUAGUGGAGCAGACUGUUUCAGAAAACAGGGAAAAUCCAUGUGACACAGCUGGAGCCCAGGCUGACUUUCAGAUGAUCAAUUUUCAGAAGAGCUGA